GCUGGCGGCAGUGGCGGCUCUCGGAGCUGGGUUGUCAGUCAGUGAGCGGAGGGGGAAGAUGGCUCGUCGAGACCCGUUUUGCUAGGAAGAAGGGGGGUCGGGUGCUACUGCUACCCGGGAAAAGGCAGAGCGGACGCCUGCGCCGUCGCUGUGAGCCAGACUAGUCGAGUUCUGGAGGUGGAGCUCAGGGAGUCACUCUGGUUGAAGGUUUAGAACAGAUGUGGAAAGAUGUUCACUUCAGAGAAAGGGCUUGUGGAGGAAUGGUUGUCAGAGUUUAAGACACUACCAGAAACAUCUUUACCAAAUUAUGCCACAAAUUUGAAAGAUAAGAGUUCUUUAGUUUCAUCUCUUUAUAAAGUUAUCCAGGAGCCACAAAGUGAGUUGCUUGAACCUGUCUGUCACCAGCUCUUUGAAUUCUAUCGCAGUGGAGAGGAGCAGUUACUUCGAUUUACGCUGCAGUUUCUUCCAGAACUGAUUUGGUGCUACCUUUCGGUCUCAACCAGCAGAAAUGUGCAUAGCAGUGGAUGCAUUGAAGCUCUUCUUCUAGGGGUUUACAAUUUGGAAAUAGUUGAUAAACAGGGACAUAGCAAAGUAUUGAGUUUUACAAUUCCAUCAUUAUCUAAACCAUCUGUAUAUCAUGAACCUUCCAGCAUUGGGUCCAUGGCUCUGACUGAGAGUGCACUAUCCCAGCAUGGUUUGUCAAAAGUUGUGUACAGUGGACCUCACCCACAAAGGGAGAUGCUGACAGCACAGAAUAGGUUUGAAGUGUUGACAUUCCUUUUGUUGUGUUACAAUGCUGCCUUAACCUAUAUGCCCAGUGUUUCUCUUCAAUCAUUGUGUCAAAUUUGUUCAAGAAUCUGUGUUUGUGGAUAUCCCAGACAACAUGUAAGAAAAUAUAAAGGUAUAAGUAGCAGGAUACCAGUUUCUUCAGGAUUCAUGGUGCAGAUGUUAACAGGGAUUUAUUUUGCUUUUUAUAAUGGAGAAUGGGAUCUAGCUCAAAAAGCAUUGGAUGAUAUUAUAUACAGAGCCCAGUUAGAAUUAUAUCCAGAGCCAUUGCUGGUUGCAAAUGCAAUAAAGGCUUCAUUGCCUCAUGGUGCCAUGAAAUCUAGUAAGGAGGGUACAAGGUGUAUUCAAGUUGAAAUCACACCAACUUCCUCUAGAAUAUCAAGAAAUGCAGUAACCAGCAUGUCAAUAAGAGGUCAUAGGUGGAAAAGACAUGGAAAUACAGAAUUAACAGAUCAAGAAGAACUGAUGGACAUAUCUGAAGUUGACGAGGGAUUUUAUUCCAGGGCUGCAUCUAGUACCAGCCAGUCAGGCUUAUCAAACAAUAGUCACAAUUCUGGUAACAAGACAAGUGUAGGAAAGACUCAGAGACGUUCAGGAGGAAGCAAAACUGGAGGAAAAGAGAAAGAAACUACGGGGGAGUCUUGUAAAGAUCACUUUGCUCGAAAACAAACUCAGAGAGCUCAAAGUGAGAAUCUUGAGCUUCUCUCUUUGAAGAGACUUACGUUAACAACCAGCCAGUCCCUGCCUAAACCUAAUAGCCAUGGUUUGGCUAAGACUGCUGCGACUGUAUUUAGUAAAUCUUUUGAACAAGUCAGUGGUGUGACAGUCCCACAUAACCCAUCAUCUGUUGUUGGCUGUGGGACUGGGACAGAUGCCAAUAGGUUUUCCGCUUGUAGUCUCCAAGAGGAAAAACUUAUUUACGUUUCUGAAAGGACUGAACUUCCAGUGAAGCAUCAAUCCGGUCAGCAGAGGCCUCCUAGUAUUAGCAUUACUUUGUCCACAGAUUAAUAUGUAAGAGUUUUCUCAUGUGACCAGUGAAUCUGGAAAUAAGGCUUUGCUUUUUUUGAAAGUGCCCAGGGUCUUUCAUCCUUGUUCCUGACAGAGCCCCAGUGUCUCAGAUUCUGAAGGCUUUAUGAAGGGAACAAUGUCUAGGUUGCAGUAAGUUAAAAUAUGGUUUUGUUAUUUCUUGGUUGUGUGUGUGUAUUUCUUUGUUGCUCUAAGAUUGUCAGUGUGACAAUAUAUAUUUUGUCAAGUUGUCUGAUCAGACUGGUUAUAUCUCAUGUGAAGUCAUGAGUUGUUUUUUCCCCCUAAUAACUCCUGUUUUGGUAGAUGUAAGUUUGGCCUUCAAAAUUAAAGGAAAUCUCCAUGUACGGGAACUGUUUUUUUAAAGGAUGAGGCAGAGGUACAACUCCAGGAAUUCUACAGCUGACUGUUCAGCAAGACAGUUUUGAAAAAUGGGCAUGUUAAAAAACCAAAAAUGAUGUGAAAAGUGCCUGAUAAGAAUGUUUGUAACCAGACCAUCUUUAAAAUUAGUAGAACAAUUUAUAUAAAGCAUUGGAAAGUGCUUGGUAGCUUAGUACCUAUACUAUUAUAUGAUUCCAGGGGAUGGGCAAAGGAAUUUCUGUUGCUGUCUUUGGAACAUUUUUAUGUCAAAAACUAAGUUGCUAGUAGAUGUAUUGUUUUGAAGUGUUUGAUUUGGAUUGAGCAGGUGAAAAUCCCUUUUAAUUUCUAAGAUGUAAUAGACUAUAAGGCUGACUUACCCUGUUGAUUGACUUCAGAAAUCCUAGUGGGUCUGGAUUCCUGUAAUUCAAAGCACACAUCAUUGAAGACUUUUGGGAAAUCGUAAAUCUUGCAACACAGCUCUCAAGAUGCCAGUAUCAACCAUAUUGUUUGUCUGCAAAUGAAGGAUAUUAGGUAAAUUUUUAAUCAAUAAAAUGU